AUGGAUCUCGACGCCAAAUACGACCACUACGACUUCCCCUACGUGGCCAAGGAGGCCCAGAAUGGCCACGCCGGCCACCUGGACGCCGGCCAGAUUGCUCAGGUCCAUCAGCUGCGCAUGAUGCUCGAGGCCGAGGGCUUGACGGAACGUCUUGACACGUUGACUCUGCUGCGCUUCCUCCGCGCUCGUAAGUUUGAUGUUGCCCUCGCCAAGCAGAUGUUCGUCGACACCGAAAAGUGGCGAAAGGAGACCGAUCUCGACAACACGAUUGCUUCCUGGGACUACCCCGAGAAGGCCGACAUUCAAAAAUACUACCAGCAAUUCUACCACAAGACGGACAAUGAUGGCCGCCCCAUCUACAUUGAAACGCUUGGCGGCAUCGACCUGACGGCCAUGUACAAGAUCACUAGCGGUGAGCGCAUGUUGCACAACCUGGCCGUGGAGUACGAGCGCCUCGCCGACCCCCGCCUGCCGGCGUGCUCGCGCAAAGUCGACAACCUCGUGGAGACAUGCUGCACCGUCAUGGACCUCAAGGGCGUGACGCUGACCAAGGUCCCGUCUGUUUACUCGUACGUUAAACAGGCGUCGGUCAUUUCGCAAAACUACUACCCCGAGCGCCUGGGCAAGCUGUUCCUCAUCAACGCCCCCUGGGGCUUCUCGACCGUGUGGAGCGUCGUCAAGGGCUGGCUGGACCCCGUCACCGUCAAGAAGAUUCACAUUCUCGGUGGCGGCUACAAGAGCGAGCUGCUCAAGCACGUACCUGCCGAUUCCCUGCCCAAGGAAUUUGGGGGUACCUGCGAGUGCCCCGGCGGCUGCGAGAACAGCGACACGGGCCCUUGGAAGGAGGCGGAGUGGGCUCGUCCCGCCAAGUGGGAGACGGCCGUUAGCAACGAGCCUUCGACCAUUACCAAGGCCGCUGACAACGAGAAGGUUGCCGUCGCUGCGCCGGUCGACGAGGACAAGAUUGCUGCCGCUGCCACGGCGUAA